CCACAGCUGCGACAUGGGAGUCACCAGCGGCCCCCAUCAAUUUGGGAAGUAAAAAGGGGAAUUUGGGACUGAUUUGCACCCUACCAGUUAACUUGGUGAUAGAUGGUUUGAAUGCAAAUCUAGUUUUUACAUCUUAGAGAUUUGUUCACACAAAUCACAGGCCUGGCCUUGAGAAUGGGAUUGUUUUUUGCAGCAUAGUAUUAGUUAUCUAAUAAUUUGACAGACAGUGUCCGGUACCUUCAGGAAGUGCUAUUAAUAUGAACUUUAACCAGAAAACUCUGAAUCACAGCUAUUCAACCAUUCCUAGUUCUUGAUCUUCUGUUGCAGACCAUUUUUUUGAUGCAGAUAUUUUGUAUCCUAUAAUUCUUGCACAGGUUUCUGAAAGCAUUCCUUCUGAUCGAUCAUUAUUCGAUUUUCAUUUUCAAUUCAAUUAAGCUUCACUUGGUUGCAACACAUGUUAAGUCCAUCCUCCAAAAUCUUAUGCAUAAUGUCUUAGAUGUUAAAAGAAGCACCACGUGUCUUCACAGUUCAGACUAAGUGCAACUAGAAGAUCAACCAUAAGCCAAAUGAGACUUAAGUGAAUGAUAUAUAAUCAAAACAUUUAUAUAUAUAUUUUUAAUUUUGUCAACUUAUGCAUGUGACACUCUAUGCUAACUUUGACGGAUAAAUUUUAAAUUUUAAACUCUAAACUCUAAAUCAUAUCAAAUAUUACAAAAUUUUAGUACUUUUUUUUUAUUUUAGUCAUUGAAGUUUAGUUCUUUUGAAAUUUUUUAUAAUGUAUUCAUAUUUAAAUUUUUUCAAUAAGUUUACCCGAAAUUUAUGAGGUGCCACUGAUAUGGCAAAUAGGAGAUUGUGCAAUGUGAACUCCUCCUUUUCUCUCUUUCUCUGUAUUUGCCUUCUGGCCUGCGGCUUCUCCUCUCCUUCUGUUCGCCGUUCGCCGCCGUUGCAGCCGCCGCCGACGCCUCCAUCAUCACCAUCAUCGGCAGGGGCGAAGAGAGUAGACGCCGCCGUCAAGUACCGCGGCUUUCGGCGGCUGCCGUGGGGGAAGUACGCGGCGGAGAUACGCGACCCGGCUAGAAACGGCGCGAGGCUGUGGCUGUGGCUGGGGACGCCGGAAGAGGCGGCGCGGGCGUAUGACAGAGCCGCCUACGCAAUGAGAGGCCGCCAAGCGAUUCUCAAUUUCCCCAACGAGUUCCAGCAGUGCUCCCCGGCGAGGCCGCGGGCCCUUUCAACAAAUUUAUAAAAGCAAUACUUAUCAUCAUCACAUAAUUUAUAUUAGAUAUGAUGGAUUAUAUGAAUUUUAUAUCUUGGAUCAUUCUAACUCGCACCAAUACCAAUAUUUCUGGGUUUUGACGGAAACAGAGCAGCGUCCUACCAAAUCUAACCAAAACCCAUAAAAGGAAUAGAAUAACAGAGUAGUAAUGAACAACGAAGAGGCUGGAAUAAGGAGAAAGGAAGAUUAAUGGACAAAAUGGAUUACAUAUAGAAGAAGAAGGAGAAGAAGAAGAAGAGAAGAGAUGGGGAACGGUUAGUAUUUCUUGGUAGUUUUGCCUUCACAUCCAACAAGGUCCACUAGCAGCUGGUCAUCCAAGUACUCAAACUCGAGCACUUCUCCGCCCUGCGGCGAACGGCGAUGGAGGCGUCGGGGACGGCGACCAGAAGGAGAGGAGAAGCCGCGGGCGAGAAGGCAAAUACAGAGAGAGAGAGAGGAGGAGAAGUUUGCACAGACACGUGGCAACAUGUUAUUGAUUUUCAUUACACAGUCAGCGCGUGAAUUUUCCUGUUUGAAACCACGUCACCAAAAUUUUAAAUAUGACCGCAUUAUAAAAAAAUUUUAAACAUUAGUCGUCACAUUAUAAAAAAUUAAAAUUUAGUGAUCAAAACAAGAAAGAAACAAAAUUUUAUGAUAUUUGGCCUGAAUUAUCCUAACUUUGAUUAAAUUUAAUUUAUUAGUAAAGACAAGAAAUUAGUGAUCAAUGCAGUAUUACCUGUACUUCUUAAGAUUUUUUCUUCAAGAACAUUAUUGACGUUUGGAAUUGAUCGAUUGUGAUUCGUAGGUCUGUAAUAAAAAAAAUAAGCACAAAUAUAAAGAGGAAAAAUGAAUAGAAUGAAUGACAAAUCACACACGGAGAAGAUUUUACGUGAUUUGGACAGAAUAAUGUCUAAUCUACGACUGUUCUCUGAUUAUUCUGCCAGAGUCACAUUAUAUCAUU